CCCUCCCGGCGAAAUACGAAACGUGCCCCCGCCUCCUCCUUUUCCCUCCCUCGCCGCCGCCGCCGCUGCCGCGACUAGGGUAGGGCUCCAGCUCCGCUCCGCCGACCUCAGAGCAGCACAGCACCCGAUAUUAACGCCUCCGCUCGCUAUCGAGAUACUCGGCUGUGCAUGACUACAUUCGUUCGUCUCGCUGGAAGAGCAGCAUCUUGGAGCAGGAGUGGCAAAGCGGCGGCGCCCUCUGGUCUCGGCUUAUUUGCAACGCGUCGGAGGGCGUUUCAGGGCGUGAGGAUGGCGGAUGCUGGCAGCAAGAGCGGGCGUGGUGCUCUGGUCGUCUUGGAAGGGCUGGACCGGAGUGGCAAAUCGUCACAGUGUGCUCGGCUGCUGUCCUAUCUGGAAGGCCAAGGUUGCCGUGCUGAAGGGUGGCGGUUCCCUGAUAGGGGCACUUGUGUUGGGCAGAUGAUCUCUGCCUACCUGGCAAAUGAGUCGCAGCUUGAUGACAGAACGAUUCAUCUGCUCUUCAGCGCAAACCGCUGGGAGAAGAGAGCUUUGAUGGAAAGCAAGCUACUCGGUGGAACUACUCUCAUUGUAGACCGUUAUUCUUAUUCCGGAGUGGCGUUCUCAGCUGCUAAAGGGCUUGACAUUCAAUGGUGCAAGGCUCCAGAUGUUGGACUUAUAGCUCCAGAUCUUGUAAUUUAUCUGGAUGUACAACCAGAGAAAGCGGCUGAAAGAGGGGGCUAUGGAGGUGAGCGAUAUGAAAAGAUUGAAUUCCAAAAGAGAGUUGCAGAUCAUUAUCAUUCACUCCGUGAUUCAACAUGGAAGGUUGUUGACGGUUCCCUUCCCAUGGAGACCGUUGAAGAACACCUGAGAGAACUGGCUACGAACUGCAUUCAAGAGUGUCAAGAGAAGCCACUUACCAAUCUGACUUGGUGAAGCGCCACCAUUCGGCGAAGAAACGCACAGCUCAGCACAAGCUGAUACAUACCUUCUUGCACGUUGUGUGAUCCACCCUUGCUGGUGAUGAGAAACUAAGCAUCUGGCAGCGCUUUCAUUUGCCAUUUGCUGUAUCAAUGUCCCGAGUGCAAUAUACAUUUCGACAUUUAACUGGUGCUUUCAGAUAGGCUUAUUUGUCAGAGUUUAUCCGAUGGAGUUCGGGUUGUGUUGUGAUGCGGUACACGUGGGGAUACGAAACACGACUUUCAAGUUUCAUGAUUUUGCUGGACUGAACAAAUUUUUGUAAA